AAGCUAUUCUUUCUUUCUUCCUUUGUUCUGUUCUUCUAUUGUUUUCCGCUUUUGUGGAAAAAUUGGGUUUUACGGCAGUUUUUAAUCUAGGAACACUGACCUUAGUUGUACCUCUCUUCCCGUUCUAAAUUACCACCUUGGAAGUGUUAUCUCUGGACACCUACAUAGAAACGGACGGGAAGCCGCUUGAGUGUGUUGAAUUCGUUGCUAGGUCGAUACGGAGUACCCAAAAUGGGCCUAUUAUCUUGGAUGCUUCCCAGCGGUCGAGUUGCCUUCCACCACGCUCCCAAAUCCGUUCUCCUCCCGCGCAAGAAUCCUGGCCCUGAUGAUUCAAAGUAUAUCUCUCUUUCGGAGCUCUGCCAAGCUGCAACGCCUUCUAUCUGCCAGCUAAACCCUCUUUUAUUCAAUGGGCACCUACAGACCGCAUGGACGGUGGUGAAAAACGACGAUGUUCCGGUCUACUACAAGAGGUGGAGGUUCGAGGCGAAUAAUCCCAACUACAGCGGGACGUUUGAGGUGGAUUUCGUGGUUGACCAGUACGAUGCGGCGGCCUUAUCGCAAGUGGAGGAGAACAGGGACCUUCCAUCCCGUACCACGUUCUUCACGGAGAAAGAGUUUGCGGCGCUGCCAUCGGAAGAUACGAAGCCAAUGCUCGUCCUCCUGCACGGCCUGUCCGGAGGAUCGCACGAGUUAUACCUUCGGCAUGUGGUUGCACCGUUGCUAGAGACUGGUUGGGAGGCGUGCGUUUUGAAUUUCCGAGGGUGUGCACAGUCUAAGGUUACGAGCUCCAUUUUGUACAAUGCGCGCGCGACUUGGGACGUCCGGCAGUUGGUGAGGUGGUUGCGGGAAAAGUUCCCUAAUAGACCGCUGUUUGGAAUUGGUUUUUCGCUGGGUGCGAAUAUUUUAACGAACUAUCUCGGAGAGGAGGCUGAAAAGUGCCAGCUUAAAGCCGCAGUGAUAUGCUCAAAUCCUUGGAACCUUGAAAUUGGGUCGCUCGCUCUGCAGCGGACAUGGCUAGGAUUAGAAGUGUAUUCAAAGGUUAUGGGUGCCAACAUGAAACGGCUUUUUGAGCGACACGUCGACGCUGUAGAGAAGCAUCCUCGCGUAAAUGUUGAGCGAGUGAGGAAUAUAAAGUAUCUCCACGAAUUCGACCGCGAAUUGCAAGCGCCCGUAUGGGGUUAUCCUACAGAGACCGCUUAUUACCGAGAUGCAUCGUCAAUUGACUCGCUUUUCGCUAUUAAAAUCCCAUUCUUUGCCAUCCAAGCGGAAGACGACCCCAUAUCCGUAAAAGAGGCCCUUCCAUACCUUGAAAUUCAGCAGACACCAUAUGGGGUCAUGUGCACUACAACCUGGGGUGGCCAUUUGAGCUGGUUCGAGGCCGGCGGGUCUAGAUGGUUUACUAAACCAGUCACCGGGUUCCUAAACAAACUGGCCACCGAGAUCGACCUUGAAUCACCACUCAAAGUAGAGGAUACUACUCCUGCAGCGCAGCGCAUCCCCGCCAAUCCCGCCGGAGAGCUGUAUGGGCCAACUCCUAACUUUCAGCCCAUGCGGCGGAAAUGCAAAAUGCCUCUAGUCAACGAAGACGAUGAAUAGACCCUUCUCAUAUCCGAAGAUUUCCACAUCGUUUCAUCUGAAGUGCAAGCCACUUUCGGCGCGAAUCUUGAGUAUUCCGGCCCAUCCACAGUCGGAUUGUGAGGUUGGCUAGCAUGCAUCUAGCGCGUCUGUUGUUGUUUUCAAUAUAAAUACUUGGUCUCACGACUUGAAUGUCCGUCGAUAGAUAGAUGAUUUUACUCCCGGGUCACGUUCCCUGAGAUUUAUAGAUUAAUGAAUUAUAGAACCAAUUUUAUUCAGGCGAAAGCAACGCGUUUCUUAUUCGGCUUUUUCGGA